CACCACUGGAUUGUAUCUUGAAGUAGUUUUUAACUGUGAACUAGAUUCUAAAACUGUCUAUUUUUCACUCAUUUGUUUUAACAGCAAUUUAGGAAAUUAAAGGGGACAAAUCUUUGUAUAACUCCCGGUUUCUGUUUUAUUGAGUCAACUAUGAACAUUGUGUAAUGCAAUGACGAACCGUCACAAGACUGAUAACAAGCAAGAUAAAUUUUAUUGGUGUGCUGUAGGCGGAAGCAAGGACAUACUUAUUAACGAACAAGGGCCUCAUUUCACUUUCUGGACAUUUGUCAGUUUUCAAACAGCGACAGAACAGCAGGCAGAAAGUAGAAUAGCUUCUUCCUGCUUGUACUUUCGGACCAUUUGCGCCACCCUGAGACUGAUUUACGGCCAGAGUCGACAGGUGCCAACAUGGUCUCUUUAAUUCGUACAAUUCGAGAUCAUACAGACGAGAUCAGCUGCUGUGCCUUCUCUCAGUCUACUCUGGUGACCGGAUCAGCUGAUAAAACGAUCCGGGUGUAUAGCACGGCGGACUUUAAGGAGUUGCCCUUCUCUCCUCUGACGGGUCACGGCUACGGGGUUCACCGCUGCUGCUUCAGCUCCUGCGGCAGCUACCUGCUAAGCUGCUCCACGGACGGCUCCAUCGUAGUUUGGAGCUCGGAGACAGGUGAGCUACUCUCGGCGGUGGAGCACCCGGGCCGCAGUCCGCUCCGAGUCUGCGCGUUGGCGCCGGACUCCUGCCUCCUGCUGGCGGGUGCCUGUGAUGGCACCGUGGCCCUCUGGGACUUCCCUUCCAAGACACUACGCAGAUGUGCUGCAGCAAGUGAAGCCAGCAUUGUGGCCUGCAGUUUCUCCCCCUGCAGUCAGGUUUUUGUGACCGGCUGUACCCACGGAGACCUCAAACUCUGGGAUGAUCACAUCAGCAUUCUGCUUGCUAAGAAAGACGCCCACGAUUUGGGCGUCACCUGCUGCAGCUUCGCACCUCACUUCAAAAUUGAAGACUCCUGUGUGGAGCUUCGACUGGCCUCCUGUGGACAGGACAGUCUUCUGAAAAUAUGGAUUGUUUCUCAGCGUGAGGGAACAGCUUGGACCAUGAUGCUUCUUCAUAUUCUCACUGGUCAAACGGCUCCAGUUCUGUCCUGCGCUUUCUCUGCUGACGGAGAGCUGGUGGUCUCUGGGUCGGUGGAUAAAAGUGUGACGGUAUACGAUGCCAACCUGGGAACCCUGCUCCACGUUUUGAAGCAACAUGACAGAUAUGUGACAGCGGUCGCUCUGUCUCCUGCCUUUGGCCUGAUGGCAACCGGCUCGAUGGACAGAUCAGUAAAUGUGUGGAAGAUUGGAGAUGGACAUGAAGAAACUGGUAAAUACUGUUGCACGGCUGAAUCACAGCAGGCGCCAUGUCAAGGAAGGAAAUUGCCAGGUCACUCCAGGCUGCUGCUUGCUGAUUGGACAGAGGAGGAUGUGCAAAGCUGGCUGUGCGAAGAAGGACUGGAUGAGCUCGUCAUGAUUUUUAAAACCAACAAUAUUGACGGGUCAGAGGUGAACCACAUGAGCAAGGAGACUGUGGCUGAGCUGGGAAUAGAGUCUGUAGGUCUUCGAGGACGUCUCCUGAGGAAAAUCGAGGCCCUGAAGGCGGAGCAGAGCGGCUCAGAAGCUCCGGAUGAGUUUCUGUGUCCAAUCACCAGAGAGCUGAUGAAGGAUCCAGUCAUAGCUGCAGAUGGGUACUCCUACGAACGAGAAUCCAUCGAGAGCUGGAUCCGAGGCAAGAACAAAACAAGCCCAAUGACCAACCUGCCCCUGCAGACGACUCUGCUGACCCCCAACAGAUCCCUGAAGAUGGCAAUAACCCGCUGGAAGUCCAGUCAGUAAACCAGCAGCUCAUUUUACAUUUUCUAAAAUGCCACAGGUACUUAAACUACUGUAAUUGCCAGAAAGGUAAUAAGUGUUCUCAUUACUGAGUCAAUUUGCUGCUUUGUUGAGUUUCACUUUAGAAACUGAUAUAGAAAAUUGCCAGAUUUAUUUCAAAUAUAUUAACCAGUCAGCUUGGUUUUUUUGUAUUGUACCGUGGAGCUUUUCAAUGUUAAAAAGAAACAACGUAGAAUAUGAUUCUAAAGAUAAUUUAUUGAAUAUUUAUUAGAACUUUGAUCAAAAUGAGAAAACAGUUUAUUACUGGAAUUUAAUUCCAGGAGUGACUCUGUUAAUUUUGUCUACAAUUGUUUAUGGCAAAUAAAAACUUCAAAAUAAAAUCAGUCAGAAUAUCUGAAUAAUUCAGAAUACCAAGAGCAAAAUAUUUUUUUUAAUGUAGAUUUGUUAGCCUACUAAUAUGCGUACAAUACUUGGCUGGGGCUUCUGUUGCAUGAAUUACUGCAUCGGUGCUGUGCGGCAUGAACUCAGUCAGCUUGUCUAGAUGCUAGAGUGUUAAGGAAACCAAGUUGUUUUGCGACCUUAACGUCCAAAUGAGGCACAACAAUUACUGACAUCUGAAAAUAGGACUUUGGACCACUGAGCAGCAGUCCUGUCCCUUUUUCUCACUCUUAAAGCAAGUCCAGGUUUAACAGUGGCUUAUCGCAAAAAAUGCGACACUUGUAGACCCUCUCUGCACUUCUAUGGCUGCGGAUGCUUCAAAGGAGCUUCUCUGCUUAACGUUCUUCUCUUGGACUUAACUUUCAACCCACCUGUUUGGAUACAUCACUCUCUUUGUUAGCCUUUUAUAUAAAUGUCCGCUAGUCAACCAUCACAUCAGGAAUAAUUUUCACUCUUAUGUUUGGCCACAAAAUGACAUUUGUGCAUUCAAAAGUCUUGUCAUCAUAUUCAAAUUUUCAGAAAAACUCGAUUUUGGUUUUUUCAACCAAUACUUAAUCAUCAAUUAACAGCAAUAAACAGCACUAUUUUGUAGUGAAACUAUAUAAUUGGAGUUUUACUUUUGUGCUGAAUUAUGGAAAUACAUUUACACUGGCUGUAUUCAAGUGCUCUUAAAACAGUGAAACAGAAGUUUAAAGCUGCAUGCACUUUUGUUUCCCCACUAUCUGAAGUUAAAUCGGAUCAAGCGUCUCUUGUUUUUAGGUUUGAAUCGCCAGAAAACGUAUGAACAUUUUUUUCUUAAGAGAACUUGUAACUUUGAAUUCAUAAGUUUAAUUUCAGUGAGACAAAAAAAAAAAAUGUCUCAACAGUGCAUGUAAAAUUCUGGUUUCAAAUGAAUUUUACAUGCAGUUGAAACCAGAGUUUUUGUAUGAAAACUACAACUCACAAGACGGCUUGUAGUCAACCUGCAGUUGCCUUGUGUUGCCAAAGAUGGUGCUCUGCAUUGUAAGGUUGUUGUUUUUUUUUGUAUAAUCUGUUUAAUUACAUUCAGCAGACUUAAUAGUUGUAUAUUUAGACAUUUUAAAUACUGCAAUAAUAAUCUGUAUGCAUUUAAGACAAAAACCCAGGAGACGGAUGUUUUUUUUUUCUCCCUCAGUGGGUCUUUAUUUCGCUCUCGCAUGGUGGCAGUAAUGUUCAUUACAGUAUGUGAUCACGGCUAAUAAAGCUCACAAUACUGAAAACAUAUUAACAACUGCAUUUAACGUACACCAUAAAAUAAAGCUAAUGGCACCGAGCCCCCAAACCACCUCUUUUUUUUUUAAAGAUAUUCCUGUUUUUCUGUUAUAUAAACUGCAACUGUAGCAUGCGUUGAAUUCUCAAUUACUGAGAGUCAAAUGCCUUUGUAGCUGUGCAAAAAUAACUAUAUAAAAUAUAUUGCUUUUACAAUUAACCAAGCCAUUGGCACUGUGAAUAAAUUAACUAGACAGCAACAACAAGCAGAUACAGAAAGGAUUCAGUGUUAAUGGUGGCUUAUGCAAUGUACAAAUUUAUAUUCAACACCAUUUCAACAACAUUGUGCCUAAAACUCAAAAUACACAAGUCCGAACUUGUCAAUACACUCAACAUAGACCUUCACUAAAAAGAAGAAACAGUACAUAUUUAUAUAAUAUACAGAUGAGGAUCUAUAACAUCCUUCGUAAGUCACAGGAAUGCCCAUCCCUUAGUUCUUUCAGACGUUUCUCAAAGUUCUCAGACCUCGUCACUUUUAGCACACAGUGUGGUGUUAAUAUUGCUGAUUUUUUUUUUUAUUUCUAUGCCAACUGGAUUCUACUCAACUGAACAGACAUUCAGAAAUUACAGUAAUUGGUCAAAGUCUCAGAUUACUUUAACAUUCAGACUAAAAUGGUUUUCUAUUAUGUUCCCCUUAUCUCCCAAAACGGACUUACCUCAAACCCUCAAUUUCACUGUAUUAUUUGGUAGCUCAACUUUGCUCAUCUUUUUGGCAGUAGAACCACAACUAAUACAUUUUGCGAAAGUGUUUUCACUCUAUAACUUAUGUAAAGUCGCUCCAAACUAUUUCAGUGAGGAAACGAGCAUACAUCACUGUAUCUGUGUUAAGAGUAGAGCUGAACAGGAACUGAUCACAUUUUGGUUAUAACGGCAAAUUACCUUCAAACUCUUCAGGCAUUCUUAAACAGUUGCUUAAGCAAUAUAAAACAUUGCAACAAAUAAAUUACAAAUUAUUUAGACAGAAUGAUUCACUCAACCAUGUCACCUUCACAUUAACCAAAUAAAACCAAAGUGGUGCUGAUUGUGCUGCGUUUUGUUUUGUUUGUGCUACUAUAAUAUUAAAAGAUUGUUAAACGGCAACAAUCUCGACACUCAAGCAAAAGGAACUUUAAAAACAUUAAAAAUGAUUGCAUCACCAUAAACCACCAAACUAAAAUAAAUGUUUAACAUUUUACGUUUUUUGUUCUAAGGAAUUUGGUGGGGCUAAAGGAAAACUUAAUUGAAUUUUUUUUUUUUAUUCCACUCGUUUGCCAAUUCAGAUUCAGGAAAUUUACUCUCAAAUGACUCUGGGAACUCUAAGAUUUUAAUCCCAUAGAGAGGACAGCAGCAGCAAAAUCAUUGGUUGUAGUUUUGCUGUCAGAAAUUACGCUGUAUGUUAUGAGCUGGUCCUUUCUUCUCCCCUCCAAAACUUGAGUCACGAUGGUCAAAGUUCACUGAUUACACAUUUACACAAAGCUUGGAGGGGCCUUACUUUGCUUUUGAAUCAUGAGUUUCAUUAAUUUGAACCUUGCUGAUGUGAAAGGUGGAAAUCUGUGUUCUGAGAGAUCACUAAUGCAACAAUCAGCAACAUUCCUGUAGGAGACAUAGAUGACAUGAAUCGCUCCAGUAGACCUCAAAUUUGAAGAGAAAAUGUGUUGCAUAAUCACAAGAUUAUUAUUCCUCCGCCAGGAUGAGCUGUAAUCUACCAAAUGUUAAUGUCUUCCUUUAUUAUGACACGUUUAAAGUGUUAAAAGCUAGAACCGAAUCAUACUUAAAGUGAACAAGACAGACCUGACAGGAAGUCUAGAAGCAGUUUCUCUUUUCAGUAAUGAUUUUUUAUUUUAUUUUAUGUACAAGUGUGUAAAAAGUGAAUAGGUCAGAAACUUUUUUUGAAACUAGCCACUCAGCACCAUAGAUGUGAACACAUUUUAAGCCUAACUGUGUGUUCAGUAAUAACAUAUUGUAACUGUGUGAGCCGUUGGAGCACUUGCUUGGCCUAAGUGUGUGUAACGUGCUCCGUGUCUCGCUGCGUCGAUCAGGAUUGUACGUCGUGUCCGCAGACCUUCAGUGCAAUGUUUCCAGCUUGGCUGAAUGACGCCGGACAUGCUGUCGUGUAACAGAAGCUGCAGACCAAGAGGAGUAAAACUCUAAGCUGCUCGUUUGUAUGCACAAGCAGCCAGCAAACUGCACUCCUUAAAAUCUCGGGUGAAACUGGAAUCUGGCGCUGGUUUAAAAAAAAAAACAAAACAAAACAAAA